UGGUCUUAAAUUAAACAUUUUUUUUGAAAAACUCCAUAACGUUCAUAUUAAGAUUAAGAUAUUUAGUAGAUUUUCCUGGAAAAUACCUAAUCUCCUUUAUAGCGGCUCAAAUACUCUUUAUCGCAAAAUCGUUUCUGAGCAUGUCUAUUUAAUACCGAAUCUCUAUCGAAAUGGGCUAUGAGUCAUGCGCGUUUAGUUUCAAUUGUUGUUCAGCCAUGUUCGUUGUGUACUGUUAAGUGUAAAGUAUUGCUGGUUAAUCGGGAAUACAAUUAAUUCCGGCCUAAAAAUGGCAGGAAACACGGGAAUGGAACAGCUCAUCCCCAUAGUGAACAAGCUGCAAGAUGCGUUCACACAGCUCGGUGUUCAUAUGACUUUGGAUUUGCCACAAAUUGCUGUGGUGGGCGGACAGUCUGCAGGAAAAAGUUCAGUUUUGGAGAAUUUCGUCGGAAAAGACUUCCUUCCUAGAGGUUCGGGCAUUGUAACUAGACGUCCUUUGAUAUUGCAGCUGAUCCAUGGCAAUGCUGAAUUUGGAGAAUUCUUGCAUUGCAAGGGCAAGAAAUUUGUCGAUUUCGAUGAAAUCAGACGCGAAAUCGAAAGUGAAACAGACAGAAUCACUGGUAGCAACAAAGGCAUAUCAAAUAUUCCGAUUAACUUGAGAGUCUACUCCCCAAAUGUGUUGAAUUUGACUUUAAUUGAUCUUCCUGGUCUGACGAAAGUGCCCAUUGGUGACCAGCCAGCUGAUAUUGAACAACAGAUCAGGAGCAUGAUCUUGCAGUUUAUCAAGCGCGAUUCUUGCCUUAUAUUGGCCGUCACCCCAGCCAAUACGGAUUUAGCUAAUUCUGAUGCUCUGAAAUUGGCCAAAGAAGUAGAUCCCCAAGGUAUUAGAACCAUUGGCGUAAUAACAAAGUUAGAUUUGAUGGACGAAGGGACAGACGCAAGAGAUAUUUUAGAGAAUAAGUUGUUGCCAUUGCGGAGAGGAUAUAUCGGAGUGGUUAAUCGAUCGCAAAAAGAUAUCGAAGGCAGAAAAGAUAUCAAUGCAGCUCUAGCAGCAGAGAGGAAAUUUUUCUUGAGCCAUCCUUCUUAUCGCCACAUAGCCGAUAGGCUAGGCACGCCUUAUUUACAAAGGAUUCUAAAUCAACAGCUGACCAAUCACAUUAGAGAUACGUUGCCUGGAUUAAGAGAUAAGCUCCAGAAGCAGCUGCUUACCCUGGAAAAAGAUGUGGAUCAAUUUAAGCAUUUUAGACCUGAUGAUCCGGCUAUUAAAACCAAAGCUAUGCUACAAAUGAUUCAACAGCUUCAAACCGAUUUCGAAAGGACUAUCGAAGGAUCAGGAUCCGCACAAAUUAACACCAUGGAGCUUUCCGGUGGUGCCAAAAUCAACCGCCUGUUCCACGAAAGGUUUCCGUUUGAGAUCGUUAAAAUGGAGUUUGAUGAGAAGGAGUUACGAAGAGAGAUCGCAUUCGCUAUUAGAAACAUACACGGUAUUAGGGUUGGUCUUUUCACUCCAGACAUGGCUUUUGAAGCUAUUGUAAAGAAACAAAUUUCAAGAUUAAAGGAGCCGUCACUUAAGUGCGUGGAUUUGGUCGUCACCGAACUGUCAAAUGUCGUUCGCAUAUGUACAGAUCGUAUGAGUCGUUACCCUAGGCUUCGCGAAGAAGUAGAGAGAAUUAUUACCACUCAGAUUAGGCAAAGAGAACAGUAUUGUAAGGACCAGAUUUGUUUGUUGAACGAUUGCGAGUUGGCAUACAUGAACACAAACCAUGAAGAUUUUAUCGGUUUUGCCAAUGCUCAGAACCAGUCUGAGGCUGCCACAGCCAAAGGUUCCCGGUCCUUGGGCAACCAAGUGAUCAGAAAAGGUUACAUGUGCAUUCACAACCUGGGCAUUAUGAAGGGAGGCUCGCGGGACUACUGGUUCGUCCUCACUUCCGAAAGCAUCUCCUGGUUCAAGGACGAGGAAGAGCGUGAAAAGAAGUACAUGCUGCCGCUGGACGGACUUAAAUUGAGAGAUAUCGAGCAAGGGUUCAUGUCUAGAAGGCAUAUGUUUGCUUUGUUUAAUCCUGAUGGCAGAAAUGUGUACAAGGACUAUAAACAAUUAGAAUUGAGCUGUGAAACAUUGGAUGAAGUAGAUUCGUGGAAAGCUUCGUUUUUACGAGCUGGAGUCUAUCCAGAAAAACAAACAGAACAAGUUAAUGGAGAUGAGCAAACUAUCAACGAAGGAUCGUCCAGUUCCAUGGAUCCUCAACUAGAACGUCAGGUUGAGACCAUCCGAAAUUUGGUAGAUAGUUACAUGAGAAUUGUAACUAAGACUACUCGAGACUUAGUACCUAAAUCUAUUAUGCUUUUGAUUAUCAACAAUUGCAAGGAUUUCAUAAAUGGAGAACUUUUGGCCCAUAUUUAUGCUAGCGGUGAUCAGUCCCAAAUGAUGGAAGAAGCACCGGAAGAGGCACAGAAACGAGAGGAGAUGAUGCGCAUGUACCACGCGUGCAAAGAAGCUCUGCACAUCAUCGGGGACGUUUCCAUGGCGACGGUGUCCACGCCAGUCCCGCCGCCGGUGAAGAACGACUGGCUCGCGAGCGGAUUGGAUAAUCCGCGCUUGUCCCCACCCAGUCCGGGCGGUCCCAGAAAGCCCACGCCUCAAAUGGGCGCGGUCGGAUCCAGCGGUUCGCUGGGAUCCAGGGCUCCGCCCCCACCGCCUGCUUCCGGUCGCCCCGCCCCCGCCAUUCCCAACAGGCCUGGCGGUGGAGCGCCGCCUAUGCCUCCCGGUCGCCCUCAAGGUCAGGCUUUGCCCGCACCCCUCAUUCCCACGAGACGUUAGGAACGUACAUGUGCGCUCAUCAUCAGAACAUUGUAUUGUUAAAUUUACCCUUGGAUAUUAUUAAUGUUAUUACAAUAUUUUUUAUAGAACCUAUUUUUUUCUUGCCUUUAUGAAAUUAUUUUUUAUUUCAAGCGUAUCAAGAGAUAAUAUCACAGUAAAAAGAUCUAAGCAGUAAGUCGAAACUUGUUGAUUCCAUUUUUGUGUAUGAUUGAAUUUUUUGUAAAAUAUGAGUAGCCAAUGAAUAUAAAGCUUUACAGUCACGUGACAUCCAAAAUUGAAAGAAGGAGGAUAUCUGUAAUAAUGCUGACACAGUGUCUUUCCAAACUUGUACACUUUGCAUAAUAACAACUUUAAAAUAAACAACAAAAAAGAUAUAAUAUAAACUAAACCUAAAAACCUCCACAAAUUUGCAAAAAUUCAAAUGUGUCGAGCGAACCGUCAAACAAAGCGACGAAAUAAGGUUCAAGCUGACAAAAAAGCAACUCUAAAAGAAGGUUCAUAAAUGACACAAAUUCAAACGUAUUAAAUACAACCCUGCCUUAUUUUCUACAUUCCAGUGACAUUCCAUCUACAUUCCGCACGCGCUAUGAAGUUAACCUUCUACUUGGAUCUUUAUACUGUGAUUAUAUUUAUAUUUAUUCCUUUAAAGAAGAUGAAAACAAGAAUAUAUUAUUAGGGUGCUAAAAGUUAUUAUACGUUAAGGCUUAUUACAAUAUCAUAUAUAAAAUAAAAUGUACUAGUUAUUUAAGUGUAAAGUACUUGUAUAGUAUUUGUUGAAUCCACAUUCUUGUCUCUCGAAUCUGAGUAAAAAAAUGCUUUGUUGUAUUUUUUUAACAUGUUUUUUUUAUGUAUUUAGGAGGCUUGAAAAAUGUUUUUGGCUUAGUUCAAAUUAUGGUGCUGCUGUUCUUAUCAGAAAGUAUGGCAUUAUCAAAUGAUUUUCUAUUUAUUGAGAACUAAACUUUGCUUUGUAUGUGGAAUAUUUCCUAAAUUUAAAAAAAAACUAAAUAUUUUUUUCCUAAAUAUAUUUUGACCGAAAGAUAGGCUUUUGAAGUAUUUUUCGCGAAAAAAUAUUGUUUAAGAAAAUAUAUUUUUUCUGAUAUAUGUAUAUUACCGAGUUACUUAUCUUCUGAACUGUUCUCAGAAUAUUUCAGAAGUGGGAUAAACUGUUAUUUCUAGAUAAAAUUUGGAAAUGUUACUGUUAUUUAAAAAUAACAGCUUAAAAUGAUAGUUUUCCGUUGUUUAUUCAUUUUGGUGUAAUCGGUCAAAACAUCAAUAUAAACGAGUAUAUUUUAAUAAGUAUAAGUAUAAAUUAACAUAACAGUACAGACAUCUUUAAUGUCGGUAAUUUAAUUAAUCGGUUAAUGCAUUGUUAUUCUCAUAUCUGUUAUUUGUGGUAAGUUACUAACUGUUACCAGCAUGUAAAUAACAUUAGGUCGCGGCGAUCUUUACUUCGUAAUCCGUAGUUGUCACUGUGCGGAUAUUUUCCUACCUGUUAUUUUUUGGAAGUAACAAUGGUUACGAACUGUUAUUUCUUAAUAACUGAUCGUUAAAUUUAAUAAUAGUCUCGGGAAUCUUUAUACUAAGACCUUCUACUUUAUACUACUCUUUAUACUAAAAAAACAAUGCUGCCACUUCGUAUAGUCCUUGUCGCUGUACUGUUAUUUUCCUACCUGUUAUUUUUUGGAAGUAACAACAGUUUCGAAGUUUCCGAGUUGUCGCUUACCGAUUAACAAUAGUUUUAAAAUAUAUACACCCACUGAUAUAGGAUGUACUGUGGUAAGGUUAAGGUACCUUUGCGAUCACUCAGUCAGGGGGAGGGUACGUGCGUUUGUACCCUUUAGUAGUUUGAAAUCAGUCACAGCAGCACCAUAAUUUGUAGUUACGCAUAUGACAGGGCGCUGACCUUAUCUGCGUGCUCUGACCCAAAAUAAAUUUGUUCUCUCUGGUGUU